ACCACGUCGCCAAAAAACAAACCCCUUUGUAGUAUAAGUCGGAACUGGGCAAUUUCUUAUUUGUCUACUUCAAAGCAAGAAGGCAGAAGGUGAUGAGAAAUGGGAAUGUCUAGGAUUUUCUUUGUUGGUUUUCUAGGAGUUCUAGUUCUUGCUGUUCUGAUUCAUGCUCAGGACCAAUCAGGAUUCAUCAGCAUAGAUUGCGGAGGUCCUGCAUAUGUGAACUAUACUGAGUCCUAUACAGACAUAAAUUAUAUUUCAGAUGCAAAUUUCAUAAAUACUGGUGUGAGUAAGUCAAUAGCAUCUGAACUCAAAAGUAACUAUUAUCGACAACUGUGGACUGUGAGAAGCUUCCCGGAAGGAAAAAGGAACUGCUACAAAAUAAACAUCACAAGAGGCUCUACUUAUCUGAUUCGGGCUAGUUUCUUGUAUGGAAAUUAUGAUGGCCUAAAGAUGUUACCAGAGUUUGAUCUUCUUCUUGGGCCUAACCGAUGGGAUACAAUAAGUAUAUACAAUGCAUCCGUUUACCUAGCCAGGGAGAUCAUAUAUGUACCUUCACUUGAUUAUGUACAAAUAUGUCUGGUUGACACAGGCGAUGGGACACCAUUUAUAUCAGCCAUAGAAUUGAGGACUUUGCAAAAUGAUACAUACGUCACUGAAUUUGGAUCACUGCAACGUUACUGGCGGUGCGAUUUAGGUUCAAACAGCUCCUACAGGUACAAGUAUGAUGUGUAUGAUCGUUUCUGGGGUACCUGUGACUUCAAGCAAGAUUGGACACAACUAAAUACUUUGAUUCCAGCUAUGUCUAUAAUCCAGAACGAUUACCAACCGCCAGCUGUGGUCUUGAGCACCGCAGUUACACCAGCAAAUGGUAGUGCUCCAUUGGUAAUAAGCUGGGAGCCACUAGCUGAAACUGAUCAAUUCUAUGUUUACAUGCACUUCACCGAGUUUGAAGAGUUAGCAAAGAAUCAGACAAGAAAAUUCACAAUCACAGAGAACGGAAAGCCAUGGUAUCGAAAUUUUUCUCCACCGUACCUUAGUGCAUUCACUAUAUACAGCCAGUCAGCUAUCAGUGGAAAAGAAAUUAAAUAUUCCUUCGAGAGGACCAAAAGCUCAACCCUGCCUCCUAUCAUCAGUGCCAUUGAAAUUUAUAGAGUAAAAGACUUCCAGCAAGCAGAUACUCUCCAAGGAGAUGUUGAUGCAAUUACCACCAUCAAGUCAGUUUAUGGGGUGACAAGAGAUUGGCAAGGUGAUCCAUGUGCCCCUGUAGCCUACUUGUGGCAUGGUUUGAAUUGCACUUAUCCCGGAAAUGAGUCCCCAAGAAUCACAACUUUGGAUUUAUCUUCAAGUGGAUUGUCAGGAAAGAUAGACCCUUCUAUCUCAAAGCUCACCAUGUUGGAGAAGUUGGAUUUAUCAAACAAUAGCUUAAACGGCGAAAUUCCCGAUUUUCUGUCUCAAUUACAACACUUGAAGAUCUUAAACCUGGAGAAGAAUAACCUCUCUGGUUCAAUUCCACCUGCACUUAAGGAAGGUCCAAUCUCACUAAGUGUGGGCCAAAAUCCAUAUCUAUGUGAAUCUGAUCAAUGCAAUGCCAAGGACGACAAAAAGAACAUUGUUAUGCCAUUAGUAGCAUCAAUUAGUGGGGUUCUGAUUCUUCUAGUGGUCUUGGCAAUUUUGUGGACCCUUAAUAAAAGGAGAAAAUCAAAAGCUUUGAUGGAAGAAAAGCAUCAAAGUCAGAUCUCACCACAAUACACAGAACAAGACGAUUCAUUACUGCAAUUAAAAAAACAAAUAUAUUCAUACUCUGAUGUCCUUAAAAUCACCAACAAUUUCAACACAAUUGUUGGUAAAGGAGGAUUUGGAACAGUUUAUCUAGGCUAUAUCGAUGACACUCCUGUUGCAGUGAAAAUGCUUUCCCCUUCAGCUGUUCAUGGUUAUCAACAAUUUCAAGCAGAGGUUAAACUUCUAAUGAGAGUUCAUCACAAAAAUUUGACCUCCCUUAUUGGUUAUUGUAAUGAAGGAACCAAUAAGGGUCUCAUAUAUGAGUACAUGGCUAAUGGAAACUUACAAGAACAUCUUUCUGGUAAACGCAGCAAAACAAAAUUUUUCAGCUGGGAAGACAGACUUCGUAUUGCAGUGGAUGCAGCCUCAGGAUUGGAGUACCUGCAAAAUGGUUGCAAGCCUCCUAUAUUCCACAGGGACAUAAAAUCUACAAACAUCUUGUUGAAUGAACACUUUCAAGCAAAGUUAUCUGAUUUUGGUCUAUCCAAAAUUAUCCCAUCUGAAUGGGGAACUCAUGUGUCAACUGUUAUUGCCGGUACUCCGGGUUAUCUCGACCCUGAGUACUACACAACCAAUAGAUUAACAGAGAAGAGUGAUGUUUAUAGCUUCGGUGUUGUUCUUUUGGAGAUAAUCACAAGUAAACCAGUGAUAACAAAAAAUCAAGAAAAAACUCAUAUAAGUGAAUGGGUUAAAUCCUUGGUUGCGAAAGGUGAUAUCAAGGCCAUUGUUGACUCAAGGUUAGAUGGAGAGUUUGAUAGUAACUCAGUCUGGAAAGUAGUAGAAAUAGCAAUGGCCUCUGUGUCUCCAAAUCCCAACAACAGGCCAAUCAUAAGUGAGAUAGUCACCGAACUGAAGGAGUCUUUAGCAAUGGAAUUAGGUCGGACUAAAUACAGCAGUGCCGAUACUAGAGAUUCAAUUAAACCUGUCACCGUGAAUCUGAAUACUGAAUUUAUUCCCCAGGCUAGGUAAACAUUGCCCAAGAUAAGAUGACUAUACUCAAGAGUGGUUUUCCUCUUGCAAUGCCAGAAUGAGAUCAAGCCACACAAGUGAAAGUGACACCACACUAGUUGUGAAUAGACCCUUUAAUUUGCAUGUUGUUUUGAGUGAUACUUGUUUAAGUGUUAUAAAUGUCCUCCAUGUGACUGUUUUUAGGAUUGGUGAUUAAAAUGGAGUGUGCAAAUAGAAGAAAAAUAAAUAGUUAGGAAUGAAUUUCGAUGUAGAAUUAUUUAUUAUUGGUGUUUUUACUUUGCGUUCAUAUUUGAAUGAAUGUAACUUCAUAUUUUAAAAAUAUAUAUUGUUUGUAAAAGGACUUGCUUCUUAAAAGAUUUUAAUCAAGAGACAAGUGAAAUAUCAUAUACUCAUGAGGCAAUAUCUACAUUUUAUAUAUAGAUUAGCCCCUCCUGAAUCAAAUAUGGACUCACAGCAUAGGUCUAAAUUCUCCAACUUCAAACCUACUAAUUGGUGGUCUACAACGCUUUCCAUAUAUAAUCUCAAAUGAUGCCUCCAAAAUAAAUACUACAUUGAU